UCCCAAAUGGUACCGCACACAAGUCUUCCUUCCUUCUAUCACAGCCGCCUAAUCCUCAUCCCCAAAAUGACUUCGUUCUGGGGAGUAGCCACCACAUUGGUUCUCAUUUUCCAGCUCCAUAUCUUCUUCUCCCUCUCAAGUGCACAUAACAUAACCCGAAUCUUGGCCAAAGACCCUGAUUUUUCCACUUUCAACCACUACCUUUCAGCGACUCAUCUCGCCGAUGAGAUCAACCGCCGGCAAACGAUCACCGUUUUGGCCGUUGAUAACUCAGCAAUGUCCUCAAUCCUCUCAAGAGGAUACUCUCUCUACACAAUCCGCAACAUUCUCUCUCUCCAUGUCCUGGUCGAUUACUAUGGCGCCAAGAAACUACACCAGAUCACCGACGGUUCCACCUCCACUGCCUCCAUGUUUCAAUCUACCGGAUCCGCAACGGGAACUUCUGGAUACGUCAACAUCACGGAUAUAAAAGGCGGUAAAGUCGCUUUUGGUGUCCAAGACGACGAUAGCAAGCUCACAGCUCACUACGUCAAAUCCAUCUUUGAAAAGGCUUAUAACAUCUCUGUUCUUCACAUCAGCCAAGUCUUAACCUCGCCUGAAGCAGAAGCUCCCACAGCGAGUCCCAGCGACCUUAUCCUCACCACAAUCCUCGAGAAACAAGGAUGCAAAGCUUUCUCCGAUGUUUUGAAAUCAACCGGCGCCGACAAAACGUUCCAAGACACCGUAGACGGAGGCCUAACAGUUUUUUGCCCGUCCGACAGUGCGGUCAGUAAGUUCAUGCCGAAAUUCAAAACCCUUUCUCAGGCGAACAAGACGGUGUUAGUGUUGUACCACGGCAUGCCGGUUUACCAGUCGUUACAGAUGCUUAGAUCAGGUAACGGCGCCGUUAACACGUUAGCGACAGAAGGUAACAACAAGUUUGAUUUCACCGUUCAGAAUGACGGCGAGGAUGUGACGCUCGAGACGGAUGUUGUGACGGCUAAGGUAAUGGGGACGUUAAAGGAUCAAGAGCCAUUAAUAAUUUACAAGAUUGAUAAAGUGUUGUUGCCUAGAGAGAUCUACAAAGCCGUUAAGACGGCGGCUCCAGCUCCUAAGUCCAGUAAGAAAAAGCCUAAGAACGCGGAGGCCGACGCCAACGGACCUAGCGCUGAUGCUCCGUCAGAUGAUGACAGUGAGGUGGCUGAUGAUAAAAACGGCGCUAGAACUACUCGAAUGAGUACUGUCGUAACGGCAAUUGUAGGGAUAUAUUUUGGAGUUUGGCUCAUGUGAUGUGACAUGUAGUAUUUUACCUCGGUUGGGAAUUUCGUUUUUAUUUUCUUUUUUUUCUUGUUUGAUUUUUUAAUUUGUCGGUUUAAUUAUUUUAAAUAUAUUCUUUUCAUUUCACGUUAAUCAUUUGUGUAGAGAUUUGGAAUACUUAAUUUGUUCCACUUGUGCUGGACUGGAUCGGAUGUGUUUUAUUUUGUAAAAAAAGUGAUGAUACUUCAAAUGAGUGGUUUAAAAAUUAAA